AUGGACCGGUUCCAGGACCGGCAGCAUGUGUGGCUGCGGAGCAGCGUCCACCGCGGGUACCUCAACGCCAACAGCGACGGGAAGAGCGUCUCCCUCCGCAGCCGCCGCGCCUCGCUGCAGGCGGCGUGGGCGGUGCACAUCUACCACGGCGACGGCGGCGCCGUGUACCUGCUUCUCCACAGCGCCGCCUACGGCCGCUACCUCGCCGCCACGGCAACGCGGGCGCCGUUCGGCCGCGGCUUCCGCACCGAGCAGAGCGAGUACAACCAGGUGGAGGUGCACGCCAUCAUGUGGCGGGCCAUGGUGGUGGGCUUAGGGAACGAAAUCGUGCUCCGCAACGUUGGCGGCCGCUACCUCCGCGCCAACGGCAAGAUCCUACGCUGUAACAACGACGUCACCGUCGACGACAUCGCCAGUGUUAGCAACAUGAUGUAUUGGACCGUCGAGCCCAUCCCCCUCAGAGAGCCGGGCAUGCCUGCACCAAUUCCUACCCGCAUCCCCCGAGAGCUCUCUGUAAUGCUUGGGCACGAUCGGUCGGUGUGGCGGGUUAUCCGGUUCGUGCAGGCGAGCGAGGAGGGGCUCUUCACCGAUGUUAGGUGGUCUGCCUUCCUUUUCAAUGGGAGGUACGUGUACCACCUGAGGAAUGAGCUGGCCAAGCGCAUCGACAACGACCAGAACUUCGCCAUGUGCGUCCGAGCGGGCAGGUACGGGCGUUUGACCCCACUCAUCGUCAACCUGCCCCACGGCGGCGAUGGCGAGACUCUCGAGAUUGUCGUCUACAUCUCCAACACCCCCGCCUAUAAUUUGCUGCGACACCCGGAUGUCCGCGCAAAGCAGGAGUCUUGA